AUGGAUCCUGGGGAGUUCCAGGGUCUUUUGAACAGAUUGAAGGACAAAAACUAUCUUGCGGCAGCUCAGCAGGAAUAUGACAAUCUUCUUGAGACUGAUGUUUCCCAAGUAAUCCAGUUACAUUAUAUUAUAUUAGAAGAAUGUGAAGAUCAAAUUCUUCAAAAAUUGUCGGCUACACUCCUUACCAAAAUUUUCCAGAAAUUAACCGAUGAUGAUCUUGCUGAGCUGUCUCCGUUUAUUAAUAAUGUAGUUCAAACAAGAACAAUCUUACUCUUUCAGAAUGAGGACUCGAGCAUCGAGCUCAUGGAUUUAAUAUCUUAUUUAGCAGCGACAAUAGCGAUUAGGUAUAUCAGAAACGGGGAAAUGUUAAAUUUUCUUCCCUCUUUAGUUGUUGUAGCAAAAACAUUACAUCCUAUAUUAGCGCCUGCAGCCAUUAACUGCAUUGAACAGAUAGUAUCGCAAGUUCCAACAGAUAUUGAAAAAAUAUCAACCGAACUUAUUCAAGCUUUAGUCACAGGAAUAGAGCAAGAAGUUUCGGAAGUAUUUUUAUUUUAUGGAUUGAACUUGCUUUAUACAAUUAUAUUGAGUUUGCAUCCAAGAAUUAACCUUUCCGAAUAUUCCGCUAUAAUUACGCCCGCUGUAAAUGAUUUAAUCGGUACGAUCUACCUUCACAAAGCUCUUCUUCGUUUAUCUUCAUUUGUCCAGCGCCGUGGAACUUUCUUUGGAGAUAAUCUUCAACACAUUGUCAAUCUUUUAGCCAAUAUGAUCUCAAACGAAGAAAUAGACAAUGGUCCAAGAAUAGUUUCCAUGGAUAUCCUUACAACUGUUGCAAAAGCAACGGGAGCAGCUUUUAUUCAAUUUCUUGAAAUUGUUUUCACAGCUCUUUUAAUGGCAUUAGAUUCAGACUUAUCAGAAGAUUACGUUGAAGAUUCUGUUCCUAAUACAGACCUUAUCGACUCAAUAGAUUCGACCUUUCAAUCUUUAGUCAGUAUAUUUAGCCAGAAGAACCAACUUCAGAGUCUUGCUUUCCACUGUAUAGAGGCUGCAAUAAACAGCGAUGAAUGGCAAUGCCGAAGAUCUGGUUUAUCUUUCCUCGGCAAAGUCAUACACGUACUCCACAACUCACUCGAAUCGCACCUCGACCCUAUAGCAUCAAGCGUUUUCGAACAUUUUACAGAUAGUUCACCUGCAGUCAGAAUUGCUGCAUAUGAUACAUUCGCUGAAGCUUCUGUAUCUUUCUCACCCCACAUAGAGCAAAACUACCACGCAGACGUAAUGGGGACCCUAAUAUCGGCCAUCAAUAACGAAUCCGUGGCAUCGACCAAAAAUGCUGCCAUUAAAGCGUUGUCACGUUUUUGUGAAAAUUGUACACCUGAUAUUUUAGAGAAAUAUUCAGCGGAUUUGAUGAGACAAUUGGUCGCAACUGUAGAAAGCCAACAACCUCAGCAGCAAAUAUUGAUUAUGAAAUGCGUCUCAUAUUUAUGUGAAGAAUCGCAAGAGAGCUUCUCACAGUACUAUACAUAUUUCAUACAGUGGCUAAAGGAGAUCAUAGAAACUAAAGUUAGCGAUCAUGAACUCGUAUUAUUAAAGGCAAUGGCAAUUCAGAACUAUCCGAUCAUUGGAGAAGCAAUUGACAAGGAAACAUUCAUUCCUGAUGCUCAAGAGCUCUUAGAUACCCUUCUAGAAGAAGAUUGGGAACAAAUGUCAGACGAAGAAUUCGAUGCCGUACAAAGCGCAAUCAGAGAAAUCGCUUAUUACAUUCCUGAAUUUUUCACAAACUACGUACCGCCAGUUCUCAACAAUCUCAUGAAAAUAAUUUCGCAUGAUCUCAAACCAUCGCGUUCUGAUGCACAUGGAGAGUCCGCCUCUGCAUGCGAAGUGCUCUCCAUCGACAAUCCCGAUAUAACUUACGAUAAACAUCAGCUAAAUACGAUCAAAGAAGCGAUUCUUACAGUAAAUGCCAUUUUAGAGGAAAAUCCAACCGAAACACUUGACUUUUCCCUCCAAAUUGGUGAGAUUUGCUACAAGAUUUGUACUUAUUCUUUCUUCCCUGACGUUCAAAAUGCGGCCAUCGGAUGUUUCAUCCGACUUUUGAGUAAUUUCAUCAAGGAAGAGAGCGAAGGUACAGAAGACUUCGCAAUACGACUACAAGCAACUGUUAUUUCCCUACUUUUACCACAAGUUAUAAAUCCAGUUGUAACAAUCAAUCUUUUAGAGCUUCUUAUUGAUACUAUCGACGCUCUGAGCCAAUUAGAAUACAAUUGCUCAUCAGUUGUCCAACACAUUGCUGAAAUUGCGCUUAUGCAAUUUCAAGCAUCAGUACAACGCAGAAAUGACUUAAGUGAGAACGAAACAUGCAAUGGGGAGAACGCAACAGAGUAUUUGCACGAAGACGAUCUCAUUUUUUCACUUGGUUUAGCUGUCAGAUGUUGUUUUAGGAAUUUUCCUGACGUUACAUUAAAACUUGUACCGGAACUAUCGAAGAUAAAUGAUCCUAUCUUCCAGUUGAUGCUUAGAACUGAUGCUGUUUGCGUAAGAGAUACUUCUGUACAAGAAAUUUCCCAAUUAGUGCAAAUGAUAUUGGAAAACGCGUCAGUUAACAGGAUGAACGUAAUCAGAGUUGCAUAUAUUUGCUUCGCGAACCUUGUGAAUUCAGCAAAAAUCACUCUUCCCAAUGAAUUACAAGCAAUUUCGCAAAAUGCAGUUGCUUUGAUCCGCCAUUUCUUAAACGAAGAGGAUGAAACAGCUCUCCUGGCUAUAGAUGGUGCAUGUGUGGCCUUGGCAUCGAUAUUUAGAACACAAGACGAGAUUGAUCCGGAAAUCUUGCAGUUGUGGUUCGACCAACUACCUCUGGAGAAGACAAUGGAGGAAUCUGAGAUAGUUAUCGAGUUCCUCAUCGAAAGAGUUAUGGCGGAAGGCCCAAUAAUCUUGCAAGAUGACAAUAUGGAGCGAUUGUUGACUGUUUUGUCGACUGCAGCAAUUGAUCCAAAGCUUUCCCAUGAAGUACAAAUAAAGGCAGCCCUUUGCGUCAAAUCAUUGUCGAGAGUUGACCAAUUUAAGAAUUCUUUCGAAAUAGCGCACUACAGCUUGGACACAGAAAAAAGAAUUGCUGUACAAAGAUGCUUGGAAUAUGAAGCUGGAUCGUAA